UUGAUAGAUAGUGAUUGUUUUUUUGCAAUAAAAAGGUACCUCGUUGCAUUUGUUUAGUCUUUUUUUACCAGGAAAAGAUUUACUGCGGCGUCGUCUCGCUACCGUCGUCGGCCGCUAUGGAGAGCGCCUUCGCGAAACCUACAGACGAGGUCUUGGCCGCUUUCAAUGUAGACCCAAAGGCUGGCCUCGCAGAUGAACAGAUCGCCGAGUUGCGAAAUAAAUAUGGAAGAAAUUCUAUUCCUGAAGAACCACCAACUCCAUUGUGGGAACUUAUUCUCGAGCAAUUUAAAGACCAAUUGGUAUUAAUACUCUUGGGAUCUGCGGCUGUCUCCUUUGUUUUGGCUCUCUUCGAAGACGAAGAAAGUGGCUGGAGCGCAUUUGUCGAUCCUUUGGUUAUUCUUACUAUCCUCGUCCUAAAUGCUGUCGUUGGUGUUUCCCAAGAAAGCAGCGCCGAAAAGGCGAUCGCUGCGCUCCAAGAAUACUCCGCGAACGUCGCCAGUGUGGUCAGGAAUAAUGGACAUGUCUCGCGGAUCAAGGCCGACGAAUUGGUUCCUGGAGAUAUCGUCUCGGUUUCUGUUGGUGACAGGAUUCCUGCCGACUGCCGUGUUAUUGCGAUCGAAAGCAACAGUUUCGCCGUGGACCAGGCUAUCUUAACCGGAGAAAGCGAAAGCGUGGGCAAGGAUGAUGCUGUGGUUGUGAAGGAUGAGAAGGCGGUCCUCCAGGACCAGGUCAAUAUGCUAUUCUCGGGAACAACUGUCGUAACUGGUCGAGCUAAGGCGGUCGUAGUUUUGACUGGAUCAAAUACUGCUAUUGGCGACAUCCACGAGAGUAUCGCGGCCCAGAUCUCCGAGCCUACUCCCCUUAAACAGAAGCUCAACGAUUUCGGCGACUCACUGGCAAAGGUUAUUACAGUUAUCUGUGUUCUCGUUUGGCUGAUCAACAUUCCUAACUUCGCGGACCCGAGCCACGGAAACUGGACCAAGGGUGCCAUUUACUACUUGAAGAUUGCCGUUUCUCUUGGUGUUGCGGCAAUCCCCGAAGGUCUCGCUGUUGUUAUUACAACAUGUUUGGCUCUGGGUACCCGCAAGAUGGCCGCCAAGAACGCUGUUGUCCGAAGCUUGCCAUCUGUUGAAACUCUAGGAAGCUGCAGCGUUAUUUGCUCGGAUAAGACGGGCACUCUUACAACGAACCAGAUGAGUGUGAGCAAGGUCGUCUACAUAAAUGAAGAGGGUACCGACCUAGAAGAACUUGACGUCGAGGGUACUACUUUUGCGCCAAAGGGAGAAAUCAAGCAUAACGGCAAAGUCGUGAGGGAUCUUGCCCAAAGCUCAAGUACAAUCCGUCAGAUGACCGAAGUCGCUGCUCUUUGCAAUGAUGCUAGGCUCGUGUACGAUACCCGCUCCGGUACUUUCUCUAACGUUGGUGAGCCCACUGAAGGGGCCUUGAGGGCUCUUGCUGAGAAGAUUGGACCAUGCGCACCGGCGAAUUCGCGACUUGAAGACAGCGUUCACCACGCUAGCGGUUGGUACGAAUCCAAAUUCCCUCGACUCUCUACGUAUGAAUUCUCCCGAGACCGAAAAAGCAUGUCUGUCCUUGUCCAAGCCGGUGACCAGCAAAAGCUCCUCGUCAAGGGUGCACCUGAAUCCAUUAUCGAGCGCUGUGCGUUCACUCUGGUCGGUGCUAAUGGCAAACGUGUUGGUAUUGACAACAAGUUGCGCGAUCUCCUCAUGAAGGAGGUCGUCGAAUAUGGUAACCGUGGACUGCGAGUUAUUGCCCUUGCUAGUUUAGAUGAUGUUGGAUCCAACCCUCUACUCCAAAAUGCCAAGUCGACAGCUCAGUACGCCCAGUUGGAACAGAACCUUACUCUGCUAGGUCUUGUCGGUAUGUUAGAUCCUCCUCGAACAGAGGUUCUUGGCGCCAUCAAGAAGUGCAAGGAUGCUGGUAUCAGGGUUAUCGUUAUCACCGGUGACAACCGCAACACUGCUGAGAGUAUCUGCCGUCAAAUCGGAGUUUUUGGAGAAUACGAGGACCUCAAGGGCAAGAGUUACACUGGUCGGGAAUUUGACAAUUUGAGCCCAAGCGAACAGCUGGAAGCAGCUAAGCACGCCUCUCUCUUCUCACGUGUGGAACCCAGUCACAAAUCGAAACUUGUCGAUCUCCUCCAGUCUCUCGGCGAGGUUGUAGCUAUGACCGGAGACGGUGUUAACGAUGCUCCCGCCCUCAAGAAAUCUGAUAUAGGUGUUGCGAUGGGAUCCGGCACCGAUGUCUCUAAGUUGGCUGCUGAUAUGGUUCUUGCUGAUGAUAACUUCGCUACUAUCGAAGUUGCUAUUGAGGAAGGCCGAUCUAUCUACAACAAUACACAACAGUUCAUCCGUUACCUUAUCUCUUCGAACAUUGGUGAGGUCGUCUCGAUCUUCCUUACUGCUGCCCUUGGUAUGCCGGAAGCCCUUAUUCCUGUCCAACUACUAUGGGUCAACCUGGUUACCGACGGUCUUCCUGCCACCGCCCUAUCCUUCAACCCUCCUGAUCAUGAUAUCAUGAAGAGACAGCCACGAAAGAGAGACGAAGCGCUCAUUGGCGGCUGGUUAUUUUUCAGGUAUCUAGUCAUUGGCGCCUACGUUGGUAUUGCUACCGUUGCCGGAUAUGCUUGGUGGUUCAUGUACAACCCUGAGGGACCUCAGAUCAGUUUCUACCAGCUUUCUCAUUUCCACCGAUGCUCUUCUGAAUUCUCGGAGAUCGGAUGCGAAAUGUUCGGCAACGAUAUGUCCAAGGCGGCGUCGACCAUAUCACUCUCGAUUCUUGUCGUCAUCGAGAUGUUGAACGCCAUGAACGCUCUGUCAUCUAGCGAGUCCUUGCUAACUCUGCCCCUCUGGGAGAACAUGAUGCUGGUCUACGCCAUUGCUUUGUCGAUGGCGCUCCACUUUGCACUCCUCUACACGCCUUUCCUCCAAACUCUAUUUUCCAUUCUGCCUCUGAACUGGAACGAAUGGAAAGCGGUGCUUAUCAUCAGCGCGCCAGUUAUUGUCAUCGAUGAAAUUCUCAAGGCCAUCGAGAGGCAGUUCUUCAUUCAGAAGACGACGGAUGAAGUUGCGAAGGCUAAGGAGGCAUAGGCAGAUAUAGAUCCGAGUUCUACAUAGACUAGAGUAGACGUGCCAUACUGCAUUAGGCGUAUAAAAACUGCGCAAUAUAGAAAUGUGUAAGAAAUGCAGUGCAUAUAUGAGACGAAUGGAACGAGGAAGGACAGUGUCGUGUGAGAUUUUUCAUUGUGACAUUCGCCGCCUUAAGCAAGGUUACUGCCCUUGAUAUUCGUAUAUUAAGGGGCCAUUUAGCAUUGUUAUCGUAUGCCUGCCUGCCUCUGUUCACCGUGUCCUAUUGGCUCUACUCCCGCAGAUGUAUGUAUUUUUCUAGUUUCCAUAUACCUUAGGU